AUGGCCUCUCUUCCGCGCACAUCAUUCAAUUUUGAUCACAACGAUCCGGAAGCAUCGGUGCGCACCAUACUCCAGCAUUUCCGCCCGGAUUGGUUUAAGCGACUGGAAAGAUCCGCUGGAGAAAAUUCUGAUCAGAUCCACGGAGAAGACACCGAGAAGAACAUUGACCGCAAGGCCGAACUGCGCACGCUCCAGAUCCUGUCCGAAAGGAAGAUCUGCGGAGAGGUGUACGGUGUGUUUGCAAAUGGCAUGUGUUAUGAGUAUGUCAAAGGGGAAGCGCUGGAGCAGGAAAUGACGGCCGAUCCACACAUCAGCAAGCUCAUCAUUGAGAAAAUGGUGCAUUUGCACUGCAUUUACCGCCAUAAGGGAUCCCAUCCGCACACUUCCCUCUUCGACAAACUCCAUACCAUGCUGCGACAAUCUCCCAAAACAUUCAGCGAUCCGAUUACUGAAAACACAUAUCGCUCGCUGGACUUCCCGAACCACAAAUACUUCGAAGCCGAAGUUAAUUUCCUGCAGACGGAGCUGACCGUCCACGAGAGCAACGUCUCCCCAGAAGUCUUCUGCCACAAUGACCUUUUCUACCGCAACAUCCUGUACGAUGAGGACGCCGACCAGAUCCGCUUUAUCGACUUCGAGUACGCCGGUCUCAACUAUCAAGCGUACGAUAUUGGCAAUCACUUCAACGAAUGGUGCGGCGUGGAUGAUGUGGAUUACAGUCGGUAUCCUAGCCGGGAAGUGCAGAUGGUCUGGUUGCGCUAUUAUCUGCAAUGCUGGCAUCACGCCCAUGGACGGGAGGAAGAGACGGUGGACGAGGAGGAAGUGGAGCGAAUGUAUUUGACGGUCAACCGGUUCGCGCUGGUGGCGCAUCUGUUCUGGAUUAUCUGGAGCUUCCAGCAGGCGGAGUCAUCCAGUAUUGAGUUUGAUUAUCUUACAUAUGGCAAGAAACGGUUGGAUGAAUAUCAGAAGCGGAAAGCAGUACUGUUCUAAUAUUUUGUAUGCUGUAUCCGUUAAAGUAAUAGCUACUUUAAUAACAAUACAAGUCCUGGUUGUUGACGGAUCGUGGUAUUUUACUUUGUUGUAUGAUACACUUUGUACCUGAACGCUUUCUCAAUAGUUUUAUGGGAGUGGAAACAGUAAUAAAGAAGUUUUUGGUUUCUAUUGAA